AUGACAACUGCGGGACUCGAGACAUUUUUCAACUCGAGUGCAUUCUUCUUCUUUGCCGUUAUCCUUUUCUGUCUCAUCCUCCUGACACCAGCCGACGCCAUCUAUCAGUGCUACGAGACCGAUCGACUCACGAAUAUCUUUUUCAUAACCGGCGCCUAUGUGAUAACAUUCUUCCUUGCGGUUUUAAUAUAUGCGACACGUAUUUAUACAAAUCGCAGCACCCUGGCUGGCAUUCCGAAAGCUUGGAUUCCCGUCGAGAAGGAAGACCUGAGCAAGAGUGUGAGGCAUAUGGUCAAGGAUGGAAUAGCCAAAAGUGUGGUUCUCGCGUAUCAGGCUCGACCGCGUGAUACCUCAGAAGAAAUUGGGAGUUUCCAAAACCACAAGGAUCUUCUGAUCAACCCCAAACACCCGCCAUGGGGUCGCGUUGAGCACCCUGGCUGGUCAUCACCCGCCUCGCCCGACCUACCCAACUUACCAUACCGCACUGUCAUCCAAGAACUACCCAACCUAAUCGAGGCGAAAGCCGUAUCACUCGCCCCUCCCGACGCACUAUACCCUCAUGACCUGAAUCCUUUUGACCCAACCAGCGAGGUCGCAAUGGAGUCUUUACCAGAUACACGCGUGGUGGAAGUGCUUCAGCGGCCGGGCUCUAUGGGCUUACGCCAAUACAUCAGUCAUCUCACGUUUCUAGGAGUGGUCAAUCCACCCGAAAUUGGAGCUGAAUUCUUAGCGCUCUAUGAGCGAGCACGAUUUUCUUCCCAUCAGUUACACGAAACGGAGUUCCGCGACCUAAUGCACCUAUUUGCGGAGAUUCUACGGGGAAUGACAGCCCCGACACAGCCAGCCAUUGAGGAAAUCCGAGACAGCGCAAGCUACCACCGGACGGAAACCGAGUCAGUUAUCGGACCCUCUGACGAGGAGGGAGAGACGGAUACUGUGGAUAAUUUUGAUUAUGAAGGAACCUUUACACCGGUGCGAAGCAAUAGUCUGCACCCGUCGAAUGCGUCGACAUGGGACACACAGUCAGGCUACGAUACUGCACCAGCAGUUCAAAGCCCCGCUUCGGGUAUGUCGCCGGUGAGCAGUGUGCGGUCACUGCAGCGUGUACAGUCGGGCCAGUCUGGUAGUUCAGGAGGAAGUGUGAUUCGGCUGACCCAGCCGCAAAAACCGGGGGAACUGCCAUAUAGCUUCAACUAUGCAGGCCGUAGAUAG